CUGAAAGGAAAUCCUCUCUGUAGUGAUAUGAAUAAAAGACAAGACUUAUUUUACAAUAUGCAAAUAUUGCAUAAUUCUAAAACAAUCCCAGGACACAUCUACAGAAGUCUAUCUAGUUGUUUUGGUGCGUUCUUCUCUGCGAGCAGCUCUCGCGCUCCUCCUAGCGGACAUGGAAUUGGACGGAAUUCCAGACCCGACUGCGCAUGCGCGGACGAAAACUCCAUGAUUUUUUUUUUUUUUUUUUUUUGGCACGGGAUCCCAAGGAAAAAAUAGGAACUUGGAAACCGAGAUAAACUGAAAGCAGCGUCUCAAAGGCAUUAUCAACCCCUCGCUCGCGUAUGUACACUGCGAAGACGCGUAGGAGAGCGCCGGAGCUUUGAAUGAAGCGCUCGCACGCUCAGGAUUCACGCGAAAUUGGACGACGAUGGACGGGGCGCAAUAAAACCGAGCGUUAUUGCUCUUUGUUUUUAAGCAGGACGGCUCGGAUGGUGCGCGGGGAUGAAGACGCGGGGAAGUGGCUAAAAUCGCACGGCGUUGAUAACAGCUCCCGCAACGGCGACAUUUGCGACUCGAGUGCGUCGAGACGCUCGUUCAGUCUUCAGUCUGCGUUGUGCAGCGCGCCGAAGAAGCAGGAAACUUCGUAAACACAGAGAUUGUCAGCUUCUGGAGAGUUCCAUAGAAGCAUCCCAGUCUGUUUGAGAGGACCGGAGAGGAUUGCGUGUCAAGACGGAUUUGUUGUUGUAUUGCGUUGUGCUUUGUUAAUGCUGCGUAGAUGUCCUCCAAAGAGUGUAUUUCACGAUUGGUGCUGACCAAGGCUGUAUAAAAAUGAACAGGAGCUGGAUGUGUGUGAGCAGAAAAUGACGGGGGACAGUGAGAGUGCAGCAGGAGAAAAAGAUGGAGAUACGACGCUCAUCGCUCAGAUCCCGGUUGGCUGGCAGAGGAAGGCGCAAGAUGGGGCUGUGUCUUACAUCAGCCCAAGUGGUACAGUCCUUCGAUCUGUGGAUGAGGUGAGGGUGUAUCUGCGGACAGACGGCACAUGUAAGUGUGGUCUCGAGUGCCCUCUGGUCCCAAAUAAGGUCUUUAAUUUUGACCCUGCUGCGAUGGUCCAAGCUCCUGGUCAUCAGUCAGGGAAAACAGAGGAAGACAUGACCAAACUCUGUAACCAUCGCAGGAAAGUUGAUGCCAUGGCGGCGUUAUGCCAAAGCAUGCAGCCCUCCCAUCUUCCCUCGCCGGCUCAAGCCACAGGUGUUGUAUGCUCAGUGGACGGCAGAGAGGCGAGAGGAUCAAUGGUGGCUCAUGGAGACGGCGCCCACUGCACUUACCCUCAGCCGAGACACAACCAACCCAAAUCCAACAUUGGCUUUCCUUUGUCCUCUCCCCGUUCUGUUCUGCAAAAUGGUUCUGUUAGCCAUGCCUCUAUUUCUCGGCAUUCAGAACAGGGUUCACCUUUAAAGAAACCUCAAACGCCAGUGGGCUGCAUGCCUGGUUACCUUAAGCAGCAGUGGAGCCCUCAUCCACCACAAAGGACAAUACACAACCCCACUUCUCCUAACGGUGUAAAACCAGGUGUACACACGCAUAUGCAUCCUCCAGACCCCUCCAGUUCCUAUUCCUUAUCCCCCUCUUCAUCCUUAGCGCUGAGUGGUCGAGCAGCUUUGCCACACUCCCAGGGAGCAAGUGUUAAGUCGCCCUCUCCUCUGUCACCCUCACGUACCUUGGACACUUUCUCACCCCACCAACGCUCUCGCCACUCUUCGACGUCCUCGCUCUCAGAACACGGGGCCCAAAGGUCCGUCUUCAUUCAGGGAGGCAAACCGUUGCAGUCCACCACGCCGUGCUCCUCUCCCAAGCUUCCUCUUGCGCCUUCCAGCCCGUGUAGUCGCUUGGAGGGCAUCCUGCAGCACUACAAAGACUGUAGUACCUCCAACACAAGCUCCAGUGCUAAUUCUAGCAACCAAAGCAACUAUCAGAUGUCACAAGCCCCGUCGUUGGUGCAUCCCAACGUAGGCGACAAGAGGAACGGACUGAGUUCUCCUCAAGCCCCAAGUCUGCUUGGCCUUCCACUAGGACAGAUUCUAAACCAACAGAAGAGCCAGCAAAAGGGCCACAUCAACAACUCUUUCCCGGCCAGCAGCCUCCUCUCCGCGGCCGCCAAAGCCCAGCUGGCCAACCAGAAAACUCAGCUCAAUGCAGCCGAAGCGCUGGCCGCACUCCCUCUUACGGGCUUGGACAAGGAACAGCAGUCAAAGGUAUUGAUUAGCACUUUAAACAGUAGCGUCCACCCAACUUCCGCCAGAGCACAGUCCCUGACCGCCCUGUUGCUUCCGCACUGCCCUUCCCCAGCAUCCCCUGCUGUCGCUGAGAAAAAUUUGCGGCGCAAACGGCAGAGGCGCUCGCCCACCGUUUUGAGCAUGCUCAAAGACUCGCAGUUAGUUCGGACCGCAGGAGAUCUCUCCGGGCCGCCUCUGCUUAUCUCCCCCUGCCUUUUGCCACCUUCUCCUCCCGUACCUCACUUAGACAACCACCGGCUACCUGUCGCUCCUCCGAAUGCCUCCAGGUUGCAGGAUUCGGAGGAAGGCAGGAAGCCCGGAUUUGCUAAUUCCCUCCCAUCUCCAUCCCAGCCCCUUUCCACCCUGCUUCAGCUUCUUAGCAUGCAAAGUGCAACCCAGCAAUCCAGCGGCGCCACUGCCAUGCCUGGCAACAGGCACACAAACACAUUGCCCUCUUCACCAAGACCAAUCACUCCACAGACGCCCCAGUGUGACGUGCAGUCCACAUUACGUUUACUCAACCCCACCCCGCAACCUCAACCCCAAAGCACAGUGCCCAUGCCAGAACCUCCUAUCCAACAACCCCCAUCCCAAUCCUUUCCUUUAAUGGGUGACGAGACAACCAUGAACCUCAAAACAACCUCCAGCAACGCCAUCCUGAACUUGAGCCAGCCCCACACGGGCACAACGCCAGACCUCAACAGUUCAAUUCUGAGCAUGAUGAACCAGAUGUCCUCAACAUACUUGCUACCAUUCCUGGAGAAAGGUUGUGGACCCAAAACAACAGAGACUUGUCCUGACCACAGUACCUACCAAAUUAACCAGUCAAACCACAGCCAAGCUGUGGAAAGUAAAGGUCCUGAAGAGUCGAUGGAUCAGCCGGACUCGGACACAAGAUUGCUGGGUGGCUGUGAGCCGGACCACAGCCUCUCUCUGCCCAAUGCCCCCUCUUCCGACCUUUCUAACCCCACAAAUGACCCUGCUGUUUCCCUUGCAGAGGCUUUUCCCUUCAUGUCCCAAGAACAGCUCCUCCAGCUUCUUUCCUCCAAUGCCGGUCUGCCUUCCCUGCUGCCGCCCUUCCUUGGCUCCCUGCCUUUAGGGGUCUGGACGGGGAGCCAACCUUCGGUGCCCGGCAGUGCCCAAGCCCAGCCAACCAGUGCCAUCCUAAACCAGGGCUCUCCUCUCAAUGUCCUAAACCAGGGCGAGCUUCCUCUCAACCUCGUGAGCCUGUUAAAUCCGCCAGGUUCUGCUGCGCCGCUGCCCCCUGUUGCAGGGCUGGAAGGUGGUGAAAAACCCCCUGGGCUUCAAGCCCUCCUCAUGGCUUCGUUGCUGCUCGGCCAGAACCCGGCUGCUAUGUUGCCACUACCAGCGCUCAACCUGGAGCUUCCUACACUGCAGCAGGUCUUCGCAGAUGGAGUGUCCCUGGAGAAGACCCCCGCUCUGCUGGACUCGGUCCUGAUGGGGCCGGGGCUCCUGGAAGCUCUUCAAACUCUAGCUCCCAGCGCAGACGGCCAGUCACUACUUUUUUCCACCUCCCUCACUCCACCCCCUCCCGCCUUCCUGUCCCUCAACCCCGCUCUGCUGGCCGCAGCUCUCGCCCAGACCGAACCCCUACCCAACCACGCACCAUCCCCCCCGCCUCAUUCUCAGGGGACUCUGUCCAGCCCUGCUCUAGUUUCUACCUCGGUGUCCUGCGGCCCUCUGGUGUCCAGCACGGGGCCGGAAGUGUGUGACCCACUGGCUGACCAGGACAAGAACAACACCCAGUCACAUCAUUUCCUGCCGCCUCUACUCGCCCCCGGGGUUCUUGGUGAGCUCGCAGCUCUAGGGAACAUCAGCAGUCUUCACGGUUUAUUGGGAGCCGGAGCGCUGCUUCUGCCUCAGGGCCAGUCUCUGAGCGUCCCGCUAGCACAGAACCAGACCGCGCUCAACCCGCUCACCUGUCUGCAGCUGGCGAUGGCGCCGGAGCUCCUGGGAGAGAAGCAUGAGACGCCUCCGUCACAGGAACAGCUUCCGUCGGCUCAGAUGUCCCAGGGUUCCCUGCUCGACCCGCUCCAGACGCCGCUGCAGCAGAGAGAGUCCUCCACGGGCUGCGGUCAGGGACUGUUUGACCCGUACGGCUCCUUCAUGGACACCAUCUACACGUCCUUCCUGCAGGUCAGCGAGCGUGGCUCCGACUCGACGCCGCUGUCGUACCCCGAGCUCCCGCCGCUCCUCCAGCAGACCAGCGCCCCGCCGUCCCUCAGCCCGCGCCGCGCCUGUUCCGUCCACAACCCGGACCUGUCCCGCCUCGGCAUGGACACGGCGCAGUCCCCGGCCCGCGGGACGCCCAAACUCAGCGAGGACCCGUCCACGCCGCCGCCCUGCAAACCCGCGGGAGACGACGCCCUGGAGGAGGCCAAGACCGACGGCUCAACUACAGUGUGCCUCUACAGCAACGGGAUCGGCUCCGGAGCGGAGGGACGAGGAGAUGAUGAAGAGGAGGAUGGACGAAGGCCGCAGGGGUAUUUGAGUCCGGGAGAGCGGCUCAGAGAGGCAGCCGAGGACAUCAGAGACGCAGAGCAGGCUGAAGAUGUGCACACAGGAGCCAGAAGGGGGCGCAAGAGGAAACAGACGCUGCGGAGAGGAGCGGAGCUGGCGGAGAGCAUCAUCGAGGAGCCGAUGAUAGCGCCGUCCAGACCCGCGCGGCCCGCCAGAGUGAAGAGGCGCCGCGUCGUCCGAUAGAUCCCGCCGUACUUUCCCGCCAACACCAGCACUGUUUCCAUGGCAACACCGCACUGUGAAGAGUCUCCGUGAUCCGCUCCUCCUCGAAUGCGACUGAUGCUACAUUGUUACAUUUGCAAACAGUUACCAGGCAACCAAUGAUAACUAUUGAUAAAUUGUUUCAUCAGUUUAGGAAUAGUUAUUGUUCGUUAACUUCUUGUUUCGUGAUUGACAGCUCUGAUUUAAAGGAAUAGUUCUGGCAAAAAUUAAAAUGAGCUGUAAAUGUGUUCAGUGUCUCAUCAGUGGAUGCUCUGCAGUGAAUGGGUGCCGUCAGAAUGAGAGUCCAAACAGCUGAUAAAAACAUCACAAUAAUCCACAAGUAAUCCACAGC